AUGAAGUUUGUAUUUGUACUGCUCUUAAAUGUCCUUGGAUUGUCCUUGGCUUUAAAGUUCCCGGACAUCAAACCCAACAGCCGCAUCAGCAAAGGUUGCUACAAUCCGGAAUUUGACAAAGGCAGAAUGGAAGUAAUGUAAGUGUGGGUGCUGCUUCUUGGUAUUGCGGAAAUCUUCCUUUGUUCGUUUUUGUAUUUUACUGUAGGUAUUGUUCAGUGUGUUUACCAAUUUACAAGUGCAUCGAACAGGGUCCGGUCGUUUCGCUGCAAAGUAUUUUUCUUUUCUUUUUGACUGCAGCACACAAAAUAGAUUCCCUUCAGAAAACGUUGCCAUUCGUUUCAAGGAAAUGUUUUUCACUGAGGCCACUGCACUGUUCGUUCUACGUAAAUAUUUUCACCAUGAAGCCAAGUUAACAUUCCCACACAUUUGUUUGCCCGAGAACAGUGUACGUUGAAACAAAUUUACACUGUGUUACGGCACGUUUUCCGCUAAGCCCCGUAAUAACUCCUUUGCGCGAAAUAGCACGAGACUGCAACAUGCAUGAUAAAUGUAUGGGGCUGUACGGAAAUCUGACCAAAGUAUAAGAAGUCUAAUAAUAAAAACUAGUAGUUAUUUCAGAUUACGAAGUGCGUUGUUCGAUCUUUUUUAGGUUUUUCAUACUGUCAAAUGUGACAUUAUUUCCUAAUAAUUAAUUAUAAGUUGAUGCUGCAAAACGCUUCCUAUACGUUUUUUAAAAACGAAACGAAACAAAACGACUAUGAAAAAAAGAACAAAAGGCUCACCCGGCGGGAGUCGAACCCAAGACCUUUGACGUGCAAGGGCGACGUUUAUCCAUAAUUGCGCCACGCAACCAUUGUUAAAUUGUCCAACUAAUUGCCCAGUAUUAAACAUUUUUUGCCCAUGAAAUUCUGCCGGUGGACGCUGUUUAAAAUUUACGACGAAUUUAAAGAUUUAUUCGAGGGAAACAAGCAUGGUUUUGACAGUGAAAUUGUCUCGCAAAACCGUCGCGAAGUCUCUUGCUGGGGUUUACAUGGGGAGAAUCAAUCACGAUUCAGCAAGAGUAAACAUUUCCGUUUUUAUUGAACAAAGAAACAUUUCAUUUCAGAAUGAAAUUUUGCUAAAAACCACGAGAUUUGGAGUCUUGUGGCGAGAAAAGUAAAAAAAUAGUUAGAGUCAAGGCACAAUCGUGAGCUUGGACCAGCCUGGGAGUCGAAGAGCAAUUUCUUCAGAAUAGAAGACGAACUCCCGGGACGAACCUCACUUUCUUUUUCAAUGUCCUACAUACUCUAUGAUUAGGAAUAAAUUUUACUAUAAGGUCAAGACUCUGAUUCCAAAUAUUACCCAGUUAUCUAUAAACGGUUUGAUCAAUGAACUGAUGAACUCUUCUAAUUACUUUAUCAAUAUACAAUUCAUAAAAUAUAUUUCAGCUUGUUGUGAUGUUCGUGACAAAUUAUUAUCAAAGUAACGUAAUUGCCCUGUGUUGUAAUUUUGAUUCCUAAACAUAGCUUUUGCAAUACUGUAUGUGCUUGUAUGGUCAUGUAAAUAAAGUUCGUUGUUGUUGUUGAUCUUGUCCCUGCUUUUCGUCAUGUUUAUCGCCUAAACGAGUCAAGAAGCUUUAAAUGUUCAUAAAGAUCUUUCUAAAAGUUGACUAUUUAUAGUGCUAAUUUGAAACAUUCAAAGUCCACAUGAAGACAAUUAUUGUCCUGUGAAAUGUACAAAAUCAUAACCUGAAAUCAAAAGCUCUGGGCCGCGAAAUCAAGAGAAGCAGCCUUGAUUCAGCCUUUUCCUCAAGAGCUUCGUAUUACGCAACGCGACUGACCGGUGAUGAACAGCAAGGGACCAUGGGAAGGGUACAGACGCGAGAUUUACGAGAUCUUGUGUCGUUUCACUUGGCACGGCGCAAUUUUUGGUUUUCUUUAAGUCUUGGAAGUACUCAAUUUGUAGUAUAAUAUUGUUGUACACAUUGUUAACGUUAGGUAGACAGGUGAAUGGUUCAAAAUUUGCGAAACCUCAUUGUAGAAAUGGCUGCAAAGGAGUCGAGGAGUCUUUCGAACCGUAAAAGACCUUGACCAAUUUAUUUGAUGACUCGAAGGUAUCGGUGAGUCUUAUUUUAGUAUUGAACUUGUCGUUUAUUUUAGAAUUCAAACUAGUAAAGUACAGCACUGACGACUUAUGUUUCCAUUUUUCUCUCUUUUGGGGCAAAUCCACCGAACUGAAAGCACAGAAUUAGCUCGAGGCCUAGCUAAUGAUUGUGCAAGGUCAGGAAUUGAUUACUAAGACCACAGCCUGUCCUCAAACCAAGAUUGAAGUCUGUUAGGUUACUAACUAUGAAACUAGGGACAGAUGGAUAUAUGAUUCUUUGCAAGAAUCAUCAAUUUUUGUUGGAGGAAAAUUAAUGGCAGAUAGAAAGAUAUUUCAGUUGAUGCUUUUGAUAAAAGAAAUAAAAAUGCAUAACUUGUUCAAGGUGACAUUAACCUAACGCUUGGUAAUCGUUUCAUGAAAACGGAUCCCUAGAUUCUCGAGAGAUAAGUAAUGAGCUUUAUUAUCAGAUCAGGGAAAGGUUUGAAGAGAAGAAAGGUGCCAACAUUGUUCAAUCCAUCAUUUUGGAUUACCGCACUGACAGUCAAUCUUGAUGAGCGAGACAAAAACAUCUUGCUAUAAAGACAGUCUCUUCUGGCUUAAAGUUUUUUUAGUAUAGUUCAGAAAAAACAGAAUGGUUCAAUGAUCACACCAUUACAUCUGAUUCAAACUGUCUAUAGUCUCAAUGUAAUUUAUAUUUAUUGGGUCACACGAAUGAAAAAGAAGGGUAAAGGGCUUAACCCUUUUUUUAACAGAAGUCAGUUCAAUGACGCCAUGCCAGUUCAAUAAUCUCAGUAGCCUAUGUACAGCAAUUUUCUCAGAGGGUAGGGGGCGACUGUACACACGCUAUAAUCUCAGUAACAGUUUAAAAAACACACAACAACACAAUGUCCAUGUCAAAAAUCGAGGAAUAGGGGCGAAAUAUUUUAUUACUUUGGGCUAGACAGAUCGAUUAUAAGUUGGGAAGGGGUGCAGGUGUUUUCUUUUGCUGACCUUAGUUCACUGGCCACAUCUCAGUUAAAUAAGUUCAUAAAACAUAGAUCAAUUCAAUGUCCAGUGACACUAAUUUCGGGACCGGUUAUUAUUUAUCCUCGGUGGGGUGGGGGGGGGGCUGAAAACUUUGGCAGGAUUCAGAGGGGGGACCACUCAAAUUUGUUUGAAAGAUGAAGACGUGGGGGGGGGGAUCCCGAAAGUCGUCAAAAGUUACUAGGGGGGAUCACUUCAGUGAAGCAACAUUCAAAGGGGGGAUUGGCUAAAGUUCACCUCGUUUAGCCCCAAAUCCCCCCCCCCCCCCCCCACGACGAGGAAAAGAAAGGAGCAACAAUUUUUAUUAAAAUUGGUGAGGUGGAAAAAAUUGAGAAGGGUGAGGGUUUGGAUGGCUGAAGUCCAUUACUUAAAACAGCUGUCGCGCAUUUUUCAUUGCUUGACACUGUUAAUACACUGACAUUGUUGACUAAUAACGUAGAGCUUUCAAUACUACUGCAUUUUCUUCAAGUUUGUCCAGGGGCCUGUUGUCACUGUUCCUUCCAUUCAAUUCUUGUAUCUUCCAUUCAAUUUUGUAGUUAAAAUUUCUAGGAAUGGGGUUGGGGGUUAGUGGUUUUGCAGAACCAUCUACACUUACUUUAACGUCUAUGCAUUUGGCAAUUCUGUGCCCAUUGAUAAUUAUUAUAUGGUCUUGUAUUCCUCUUCAACUACAAACAGAUCAAAAACUACUCCUUCAGAAGACUUUUAAAGGAAAUUUUAAGCUAGCACAGUUUAGCAAAGAAGGGGACCCUGUAUAAGCCAGAGGGCAAUCACAGGUUUAAUAACAAUGGUGAAUCUGCGCAGAAUGAUCCCAAGAGCUGCAUAAUACACAAUCUUUCCACCAUCAGUUGACAUUAAGACAAUGCAAUUAUUAUUCUUCAAAAUAGCAUUCACGCCAUCUUGUUUUUCGCUAUGAAACUUGAAAUAUCCAAGCACAAUUAAUAUUUUUUAAAAAGUGUCUCGGGCAACAUAACCUGUCUGGCUAAGUGGCAGUUACGGUGGUAUCUCAUCAACAACUUCAGCCUCCUCCAUCGGGUAACAAAAUUGUCUUUCAACUUAAAAGUACAGUUACCAAUAAUUUAUUCAUUAAGACAGAAAGGAUGUGCAAUAUGAGAGGAUGGCAAAACCAAAUUGAUCUACUGUGUAAUAUCACAAAAACAAUGAAAAAACAAUAAUGGCAAUAAGAAUUUGCGCAUUUGACACGGCUUCAUCAUAAAAUGAGGUAUAAUGAAAAGCAAGUAGAAUUUAUUUACACCAGGCUGUGCAUUGAGCGACAAGGCUGGUAUACAGUGAGGUAAUCGAACGAUCAAAAAAUACAAUUGAAAAACCUAAAGCUAGUUUUGUGGCUGUUUUUUCUCAGAAUAUAUACAUUGUCAAGCAAAUAAUACACAAUAUCCUGAGACAAACAUUUAAAAAUUAUUUUAUUAUCUAUUUUAUAACAUAACUUAGAGGUCCUGAGACUGGACUGGAGGUCGAAAAUGCUAUGAUAACCGCUUUGUUGCCUUUUCGAGUGCUCAAGAUAUAACGUGUAGCAAAUAGUAUUACAAACAUCUGGCUUCAUAGCCUGCGUAGCAAGCAUUUCCAAUCGAGUUAUUGUGUGGAAACGUUUGCUACGCAGGCUACUGGCUUUAUCACUUCGGCGGAGCACGAAGCAAAGCAUUCACGUACGACGCUCAGGAAUGUCCCAAAGUUGCUUUUUUGGGGACGAGAUUGGGCAUGCAAAGUCUGUAGGUUUUCGGUUUUAUUCGGCUCUCUGACGAAGUGAGAGCCGAAUAAGUUCGUGAUAUCUCGGGAUCAGUUUGAUUUCUUUGUUAUUCCAGGAAGAAAGAAUCAUUUUUUUGGCUUGCCUGGGGUUUGAACCGACUCUUGUUAAAAUGUGAAAAAUAGCUAUAAGUUAUGCACGAGGUACGGGAUGAGUUAGUGACUUUUCGGCUUGUUUUUAUUUAUCAUUCUAGCUAGGAAUAUUGACUGCAAAAUUAUUUUACAGAAAACAUUGAAUCAAUUUGGGCUAGUAGCUUCAAAAUAUGAGCGAAAAUUGAGAUACAAGAACAAUUUUCAGUGCGUCUCACUGCGCAGACGAGUUUGCUUUAACACAUGCCGGCCAUAUGCUUCUCCAAAGUACGUUUCAGUUUGGCUUUUUUAUCGUUGAAACCUCGUUUUUUUCCCCUAGCCUGGAAUUCGUUAUACAACGUGGAAAAGCCAAAUUUAUUAGUUUUCCGGUUAAAUUCCCUGACGACAAAUCAAAGUUUCAGUUCUGUACUACGGCCCGAAGUAUAUUUAAAGCUUAUAAUAAUUUUCACGCAAUCUGUACUGCCGCGUUUGUGUUUUUUUUCUUAAUCUAGCGGCCGAAAUAAUGUUAACUAUGCUUUUCAAUACACUUUUAAAAUAACACCACACAAUACGCAAAAAAAUGAAGAAGAAAACAAAGAACAAAGUUCACGACGAUAAUUAUUCGCGGUGCGUUACCCAUCCAGUUCCUAACCCCGCCCGACAGAGCUUAACUUGAGUGGCGCUUCUAAAAAACCGAGAGCGUUUACCAUUUGUAUGGAAAACCCGCAAUUCCGGGGAGAAUCCCAAUGACACGGUUCAUCCCUGAGAAAAUUUUCCGGAAAAAAUUUUCACCGAAAUUUCCGUACAAAUGGUAAGCGCUCCGAGUUUCGCUACUGUUGCUGCGAGAUACGUAUUUCUAGUUUAUGUAGCGAUAAUGUACAUGAAUUAUCCUCGGUGUUGAGAUUGUGAGUUUUUAGCAAGUUUUAUAAGGGAGUGUACUGUGCUGGUGAUAGUUUAUAGUUACGUUGCUGUAGAAGGGGUGGAGUUAACUGUACAUAAGGAAAGUGUUGUUGCAGAGAAAAUAAAGGAAGUGGAACUGAGAUCUCGCCGUGCAACUAUUUAUGACAGAAAUUGUAAUCGAAUUUGGUUACAGCCUUGCACCUAGCAGACUUCCGGUGAAGAAGUUAAGACGUCUGUUACACAAGAGGAGAAAAGUAAGGGUAUUUGUAUGGAAGGGUAUCUGAAAAAUAUUAUUUCUUAAUAUUCCUCCGCAUACAUAAUUAAUCCACAACCACGACGCCGAAGUGUACGCUCCCACUGAAUGUCUUGUUUGGCUGUUGCAACAACUCUCAGCUUGUCAUUUUUCCUUUCCACUGAAAAGAUCAUUUCAUCACUGGGGACCUUAACAGAAACGAUUUUGCUCACAACUGUAUAAACACAAAUUUGUCCGGCUGUUACCGCAUUACGUCAUAGCGUGAAAUUCAAAAUGGUGACGAAAAGGGCACAAAUAUGUGACCAACUAAAGGAAUGUGAAGAAUCUGGCAGAAAGCGCCUCUACAUGCUCGGUAGCCGCGCUCCGAAAUUGGUAACCGAGAAUGGACUGCGUUCUCCUUCGUCGAACGCAAUUAUUCAAGAUAAUGCAGUUUUUGGGCGGGGCUUUGUUGUAAAAAAAAAUCUCAAGCUUGUUAUACAAGCAGUGACUAAGCAAAUUUCAAUCCGGUAAAAGUCUUCACGCUGUACAGUAUAUGGUCUUUGGUCCGCGACUGAAAAACGUAACGAAAACAGAUUUCGCUUAAACUUCACGAACAUCGAGGCCGCUAUUGGAGGAAAAAGUUCCCGUGCAUGAUUUUGGAAGAACAGUUCCCAGUACCGAGAAAUACUUCUGUAAGUAAAAUAGGUAAUAGCGUCAUUUCGUUGCUAUGACAACUCCGAUGUCAUUGCAACCCUGAUCAUAAAAGAUUUUCAGCUUUAUCUAAUACAACUGCGUUGGCAAUUUUUCCAAAACCUUGUUUAUGGCGACGUAGUUUAUGCUCAAACUUGGGAGGUGUUGGCCUUGAAAAACUGUAUCGAGCCACCUUAAUGGUAGUUUCAAGAAAAGUUAAAGGCCCAGAUGCACACCAAAACAUUGAAGUUUUCCGUAAUAUUCUUAAAUGUUUUUUUCUUUCAUUGCAUAUUUCCUCUGGUACAUGAUUAUCAUGAUUAACUUAUCCCUAUCCCUGCGAUGUUGAGUGUUGAAUUCCAAAAAUACAGUACAUCAAUUUGAGUUCAUGUAGAUAGUUCAUGGUUUGAAAGUUGUUGCCACUGUGACUUAGCGUGCACUCAAACUUAUCAACGAGUGGUCAGUCACUUUUUGAGUGAUAAAGCCGUUUCCCCUUUAGUGAAUGGAGGUUAAAUCCAGGUUUCGAUACCCAGAAAAAGUGUUCCUCUCCCUUGCAUAGAGGUUUCCCUUUAAUAGAGAUACCCAAAGGAGAGGUCUCACUGUAUGCAAUUUGCAUUUUUAAACUUGAUGUUUUUACACAUACAUGUAAAUGUAAUUAUUAUACAUUGUACUCACUAUCUGUCAUCUUAUUGGCUAAAAGCCUACUGUUAAUUUUGGCCCGGAAAUCAUGCAGCGCAACCUACAUAUUAGUUAGUUAUCAGCUAGCAGAUAACUGACUAUAUAAUCUGUAGGUUGCGCGCGCAAUGCAUGAUUUCCAAUAACAAUACAAUUAAGGUUCUUUGCGACGGUGUGUUGGUUGUUAUUUUCUUCAAAACAAUGUAUAAUAAAACAAUUAUUAGAUUCGGUUUUUGUGAUAUCCUAAAUAAUCAAGGUAUCUGUAAGUGUUAUCAGCCACGGCCUUGGACUUGGCUGAUAACAUUUACCUCGACCUUGAUACAUACUUGUACAUACGUCACCUGCAUUCUCUGCAGGCAACUAAUAAAAAUGUUCUUUUUAUCUGUUCAACUUUAAAAAUAUUUAUCUAACUCGUAUGCCGACAGAAAAACUCCACGCCCUCAUUCAUAUCUGGAUCCUGAAGACAUGCCAAAGGAGCUUGAUUGGAGAUCUGUCCCAGGCAAGGGAAACUUUGCUAGUGUGACCCGGAAUCAGCACAUUCCUCAAUACUGCGGUUCUUGCUGGGCUUUUGGGACAACUAGUGCCAUGUCAGACAGAAUCAACAUCCUUAGGAAUGGAAAGUGGCCAAGCAAUCUCUUAUCAGUGCAGAAUGUCUUGGACUGUAGUAAGAAAGCUUUAUCAUCGUGACAUUUAUUACGUAAGGUAGUAGAAGUGUUAUGCCAGUGUUUGGAUAUCUAAAAUCUUGAAACUGUCCCUUUGCCAUGCCUACUCUGUCCCCUGGUCCACUUACCCCACCCUAGUUACACACAUGAAUCAAUCAGAGCCCCCAUAUCCCGAAAAUUUAUAGUUGUGUUGAACGUAGAACUAAUCAACAAUUACACCUGUGGCUGCAACAAUGAAAUUAGUCUUUGACAGCGAUGUAAAACACAAAAGAUGCAGAAGCUGUAAUCUGAACUCUAAAGGCAAAACCUUUUGGGACUUUUACAAUUUAAAUCUAAAUGCCAGACAAUAGCACAGAAAAGCUCAAAAUACCAUUUUACCGUUACCAGGAAUUUUGGUGAGUUUGUACAGGAGACAGGGAGUUUUCUGCCUUUUCGUGGACCGGGAGAGGUGGCUUCAACAGGUGUUUCCGUAUACAAAUACAUUUAAUUUUGUAGAUUUACAGCGGUACUGGGUGCCACAAGUUCCAGAUCAUAAGUAGUAAUUAAAAUAUUUUUUUUCAGCUAACAGCCGUUAUCUCUUGACAUUUUGAUUCCUGCUUCAGCUGCCAAAAUGAGAAACUUGUAAAAGCUAGAAAUACUUCAGGAAUGUUUGUGUGUUGCGAUGAGUCACAACAAAGAUGAAGACAUGCGAGGAAGCCACAAAUUAUAAACUGGCUGUAAAUUACUUUAAGUUGUUGCUUGCCCUGUGGUUUUCUCACACCUGAUUGACAUUUUCUUUGAAACACAAUGGCAUUAUAUUCCAGAAGUAUUUCUCAUGUUUGCAGUUUUUUCUAAAUUGCAGCACAGUUUAGUAAUGCCACUUAGAUGCCAGUACUUAUGAAUGAUAUGAUUUUUACAACAGGUAAUGCAGGGACCUGCCAUGGAGGUGGAAUGAUUGGUGUAUAUCAAUAUGCUUCUCGGGAAGGUAUACCUAGUGAAACCUGCAAUAAUUAUCAAGCCAGAGAUGGAAGGUGCACGGCAUUCAAUGAGUGUGGCACAUGCACCAGGUUCGGAGAGUGCCAUGCUAUUACCAACUACAAAAAGUGGAAGGUCAGCGAUUAUGGUAAGAGGUAGUGCUGACUAAAAUAUCCUUCAGAAAUUAAUGUUUAUUUGCAGGGCUGCCACCGGGGGGGGGGGCACUGCCAUAUAUUGGCCAUAUGCCAUAUAGGUAUGUGCCGCUGUGAAGGUUAUGGUUUUCAAGCAGUUUACUCUAGGAUAGGGUAUAUAAAUCAGAGAGUUUGGGUCUAGAAUAGGGUAUCAUUUUUCAGGAACUGAUCAGUUGGUUGAAGAUUUUAUCUAGACUAGGGAAACAGCUACUCUAGGAUAGGGGGGAUUUGGGGAGUUUACUCUAGUAUAGGGUAGCAAAAUUCAGCUGAACUAGCUCUGGUAUAGGUUAAGGGUUCCAGGGUCCCAGUGGUACAUCCCCACCCAGAAAUUCCUAAAGUACCCCCCCCGGACUGGGACUGAGCAUGACUGAGUAAGGACGUGUGAUUGUUAGCUCCGUAACUUUUGUUGUACUCUUCCAUGCGUUCUGAUAUUUUUUAUGGAAUUUUCAUCGCCACUUUCAUCUCUGUUUAAACGGAAAACGAGAGGGAGUAAUUCACCGACCAGCGAGACCGUUUCCCCCGAAACGAAGCGGUUGAAAGAGAGUGUGAAAGAAGACCAAGCGAACGCUCCACCCGCCAUUGUAUCGCCACCAAAGUCGAAGAACGAUUCUGAAGACGUAGUUCUGUCUGCCCUCAAUAUGGCACAAGAUUUCGCCUCCAAAGUGGACCUAAUAUUAUCAAAGUUAAGUCAACUGGAGAAUAUCGGCACACAAAUAAAUGUUUUACAGGACUCUGUGGAUCGAAUAAAUCAAACGGUCGCAAACCUUCAAAGCGAAUUCCACCGCUUAAAGGAAGACGUACGAAAUACAGUCGAAGAAACAAAUACGCUUAAAACAAGCGUAAAAUUCCUGAAUGAUGAAGUGGAAACCAGUAAGAGAAAACUCCGAGAUGACGAAGAGAAGUCACGACAGGAGUUGGAUCACUUGCGUCUCCAACUCUUAAAUUAUGAAGUGUACAGCCGCCGCGAAAAUCUUCGUUUCUACGGCAUUCCAGAAAUCGAAGGGGAAGAGAAUACUGAACCCGUUUUGAAAGGUUUCUUGGAGAAAGAGUUAAAUGUGGAAAACGCCCAAUCUAUUGAGUUCCAAAGAGUCCACCGCGUCGGUAAAAAGGACCGAAACACAAGAAAACCCAGGGCCAUCAUAGCACGCUGUCUUCGCUUUAAAGAUCGAGAAAGCCUCUUUUCUAGCCGACGCAACAUCGAUAGCCAGUCGAAUUUCGGUAUUGGCCCAGAUCUACCUAAGCAGGUGAUUGAUAUGAGGAAGAGGCUUAUUCCGAAGAUGGUACAAGCAAGAAAAGAUGGAAAACGGGCAGCCUUCAGUAGAACGGAACCCUAUAAACUCUUUAUUGACGGUGUGGAGGUAAAAUCAUAAAUAAAUAGGUUCCAGGUUAUUUAUUUUUAGAAUUCGCAGGAAGUAGUUCACUUCUUAUUUUUUUCGUUUCUAUUGGGAGCUAUCGAUUAGCAUAUUCCUUAGUUCUCUUCUGAAGUUCGAUUUAAACAAAAGUAUAACACUUGAUCUCGUCCAGGCGUAGCUUCAACAGUUUAAUUCUUUACACUGGCUACGUUUUUCAUCUCGUUUCUUUUGUUUUGUUAUGUAUGUUAUUCUAUAUUUAUUCAGUUUGCACUUGACAAAAUCAGGAAUGCGUUAAUUGUUCGAGUAAUAGUGACCCUUCUGGGAAUAACAGCUACUGUUGUUGUCUUUUUUCCACUUCACGUAUGCAAAUUUCAAUGGAUUUCAACAACUUAAAGUUUAAAACUCUUUCGCUGAACGUUCGGGGUAUCCGUUCUUUUGAAAAACGUAAGUCCAUUUUCAACUGGCUAUACAAGCAAAAUUCAGACAUCUGCUUUCUGCAGGAAACUUACAGCACUGAAGAGAUUGAAAAUCAAUGGAAAAAGCAGUGGUCCGGGGACAUUUACUUCGCUCAUGGCUCUAACCAUAGUCGUGGGGUCGCCAUCCUUAUACGUAAAUCCUUUGACUUCAAAUUGAAAUCAAUUCGAUCGGAUGAGGAUGGGAGGUACCUCAUUUUAGAGACAACUAUUCAAGAUGUUCCAUUCCUUCUGAUAAAUAUUUACGCUCCCAAUACCACCACUAAGCAAUCGUUAUUCUUCCAAACAUUGUCUGAGCUUAUCUAUGAUGAGGGAUACAAUGAUUUUGACUACAAAAUUAUAUUAGGAGGGGAUUGGAACGUAACUAUGGACCCAGACCUAGAUUGUUCGGGUGGAAACCCUGUGUUAAAAGACUCAGUUAAGUGUGUGGAGGACAUUAUGCUGAAUUAUGAUUUAGUUGACAUCUGGAGAAUCCGUAAUCCUAAUAGCAAGAAAUUUUCUUGGAGACAAAAAAAAAAAAACCCAAUUAUUCAAAGACGCCUUGAUUAUUGGCUCAUUAGUGACCUAUUACAAGAUGACGUAGCUAAAGUCGACAUAGUGACAGCUAUAAGAACGGAUCACCAUGCAAUAACUUUAGAAAUUGACAGUCUAAAUGAUCAGCAGCGUGGCCCAUCUUUUUGGAAGUUCAAUAACAGUCUCUUGGAUGACGCUUUUUUCGUUGAGCGUUUACGCGAGAACUUUCCUAAGUGGAUAGACGAAAUUAAUUUUUGUGAUGAUUCGAGAAUUAAAUGGGACUGGAUGAAAUACAAAAUUCGCGGGGAAAGUAUAUCGUAUAGCAAACUGAAAGCUAAAGAAAGGAGAAAUAGAAUUCAAACAAUUGAAAACAGGCUUAAAAUAUGUGAGGAAAAAAUAGCAGAAUCACCGACGCAAGAAAACCUUGCCAACCUCGAAUCGGUCAAAACAGAAUACGAACAAGAGUAUGAUUACAUUGUAAGAGGCUCAAUCAUUCGUUCCCGCGCUACAUGGUUUGAACAAGGGAAAGAAACAACAAGUAUUUUCUAAAUCUGGAAAACAGAAAUAAGAAAAAAAAAGCUGCAUACGAAAACUUAUUCGAGCAAAUGGAGAAGAGACUACUGUUCCGGACACUAUUAUGACUGAAAUUCACAGUUUUUAUUCUGAACUUUAUGACGAAAAGAGAAUACAAACUGACUAUUCGAUUUGUCCUUUUCUGGAAGAUACCCUCUCAUCUCCUAAGUUAACCGACUCAAUGCGGGAAACGUGCGAGGGUCAAUUAACAUAUUCCGAAUGUUUCAAGGUUCUGUCUACCUUUAGUAACGAUAAAACUCCUGGAAACGAUGGCCUCACUAUAGAAUUUUACAAGUUCUUCUGGUCAGAAAUCGGAACAUUUCUAGUGGACUCAUUAAAUUAUGCGUAUUUUCAUGGUGAAUUAUCACAUUCGCAAAAGCAAGCCGUAAUAACUUUAAUUGAGAAAAAGGACAAAGAUAGGAGAUGGAUAAAAAACUGGAGACCGAUUUCCCUGGUAAAUGUUGAUGUUAAAAUUGGCUCAAAAGCUAUCGCUAAAAGGCUAGAAAAUGUCCUACCACAUAUUAUCCAUUAUGACCAGAAUGCCUUUGUAAAAGGACGAACAAUUUUUGAUGCAACUCGUACGAUAACCGAUGUGUUGGAAUUUACUAAAAUGCGAGACUACCAAGGUAUAAUGACUGCAAUUGAUUUUGAGAAAGCCUUCGAUUCUCUAAAUUGGAACUUCCUCCACAAAUCGCUAGAGUUCUUUGGCUUUGGAGAAUCCUUCUUGGGGUGGAUCAAGACGUUUUAUAAUAAUAUAUCAAGUUGUGUUUUCAAUAAUGGUUUUUCCACCCCCUCUUUCAAUGUUAAACGGGGUGUUCGCCAGGGCGACCCACUCUCGCCAUCUCUUUUCAUAAUAGUACUUGAAUUAUUGGCAUUAUCCAUACGUAAUAACGAUCAAAUUAAGGGUAUUGAGGUGGAUGGUUCCGAAAUCAAAUUAGUUAUAUUCGCUGACGAUAUGACAUCAUUUGUUAGGGACAAAUUUUCGCAUCGCACCCUUUUUGAUACUAUCGAUCUGUUUAGUACAUACUCCGGAUUGAAGGUCAAUCACGACAAAACGGAAAUUCUUCUACUAGGAAGUAUGGAAGUAAACAGCUCAGAACUAGGUGUUAAUGAAAUAAGUAAGGCCAUAAAGAUCCUAGGGGUUCAUUUCACCUUUAAUCACGCACUGUUUUAUAAGCUUAACUUUGAAUCAAUCGAGAAAUCUCUGAGGGGAUUGCUGAAGAGCUGGAGCUGGAGAGGUCUUACACUACUUGGAAAAAUUCAAGUGAUCAAGUCUUUCGCCAUACCAAAGAUUUUAUACAGGGUUCUCAUUUCAAAUAAAGAAGAGUUUAUCAAAAAAAUAAAUACUUUGCUAUAUUCCUUUGUUUGGAAGGGAAAAGAUAAAGUAAAGCGCAGAGCUUUUAUUAACCCUAUUGAUAAAGGAGGCUUGAAAAUGCCCAACAUUGAGUCCAUGAUCUCUGCCCAAAGAAUAAUUUGUAUUAAGAGAUAUCUCUCCAUUGACCCCGCUGGCUGGAAGUUUUUUCUGGAUUUUUAUCUUAAGAAAGUAGGGGGAAAAUUCUUGUUUCAUUGCAAUUUUAACUACACUAAACUACCGGUAACUCUUCCAGAAUUUUACAAAGAAUGCAUUGUGGCGUGGACCCUUUUAAAUGAAGACAACCCCUCCUCAUCCUCUGAAAUAGCAAAUCAGGUCAUAUGGAACAACCAGUUUAUUUGUAUUGAAUCAAAGUCAGUCUAUAACAGUAGGCUGAUUGAUCUUGGAAUUGUAAAAAUUGGAGACCUCUACAACACGUGGGGAGGUUUCAAGUCGAACAAGGAACCAUUAUAUUCAGCUCUCUCACCAGUUGAACAUUUUCUACUUUUCAGUCUCUUCAAUGCUUUUCCUGAAGAAUGGCGCAAAAUAUUAAAAACAAAUAAAAACUCUAUCUCUUCAAAAACUCAUGAUCUAAUCCAAACUGAUUUCAAGUUACGUAUUGAAGGGAAAAAAGUCAAUUUCCAAAAUCUUAAAUCAAAGUCAUUAUAUGACAGUUUUGUUUCUAAGAUAUCCAGUAUACCAACAGCGCAAAAGAAAUAUAACGAAGCUUUCAGCACACACACAUUUCAGUUGGACUGGGAAAAGAUAUAUCUACUGCCCUUCAAAACAACAUUCGAUACUAAAUUAAGAGAAUUCCAAUAUAAAAUAUUAAACAGGAUCUUAUACACGAACAAGAUGCUGUUUAAGUUCAAAAAAGUAGAUUCUCCCUUGUGCGAUUUUUGUGAAAAGGAGUUGGAGACGAUAGAACAUCUCUUUUUCCAUUGUACAAAAGUAAGCAUGUUUUGGAAUGAUUUAAAGUCUGUACUUGAUUCUUUUAAUAUAACUAUUAGAUUUGAUAUCAUGAAUGUCCUUUUUGGGAUCCUAGAUACAGAUAAUAUAAGCAUUCUAGUCAAUUACAUCAUUCUUGAAAGCAAAUAUUUUAUUUACCGCUGUAAGUUAAAUAAGGGCUGUUUAUGUGUAAGACUGUUAGUCGAUAAAUUUAAAAAACGUUUCAAACCGAACGUUUUAUCGCGAAAAAAACAACAAAAUCCAUUUCCAUGAUAAAAAUGGAAGCCGUUACUCCCAUUAAUACAACAGUAGCUGUUAUCCAAACUUCGUUUUUCUAAUACUCCCUGUAUUACUCUGUAUUUUAAGUUCAAGUCGAAUAAGUUAUGUAAGCCUUGUAGUGUAGUGCAGUGUAGCUUUUUAUUUAUUUAUUCUAUUUUCUAUUUUUUUUUUGUAAUUAAGGUAGUUGUUGUAAAUUUUGUAAUGUUUGUAUGUUUCGAUCUGUAUGUUGUUUGUACUAUACCUGUAAAAAGAAAAUAAAUAAAUAAAAUAAAAAAAAAAAAAAAAAAAAACCCCCUGGGGGCUGCCACUAGGGCGCGUGGACUGUUACAGUCUGUAUGAGCAUGAGCCAAGGCUAUUUUUAAAUAGGAAACAAAAGGAUAUAAACCAAAAGAGCUUCAAAGUUGGUCAAUUCCCUGCCUAUACCCCGCCUGUACCCAGUACCUUGAAAUCUUGGUGAUAGCUCUGUGCCCACUCUGUGCAUGUCAGUCGAAAUAGGCAAUUUCCAAGUCACCCCAAUCAACAAACCUUUCAAUGUGAAAUAGUUGACCAGGAAGGCUGAAGUCCAACAACAUUAUAACUUGAAAAAACAAGAGCUUCGAGUUAUGUCAGGGGGGGAGUAGUUAUUUAGAGGGGACACUUAGUACCGUUUGUCCCGGCUUCAUAUGGCCGAAAACUGUGACAUUACUUGGAAACGGGCAAACUCUUGAACAUUUCUUUUUAUUAGUACCCAAAGUUGUGUGUGUGCUACAGAUACAUUUCUUUGUCAGUAGCAGUGUUCCAGGCUCCAACAUAGUAUGCCCUGCUCCAGGCUAUAACAUAGUUAUGUGCCGCUACUGGUACACAGAUCACACAGGUUUUUGCAACUUCCCUAUGUAUCUGAGAACCUGGUACAGGCUAUGUUGUCAGAGGUGUCUGACCUCAAAUUACAUGUAUAUAAUAUGUUACCGCUAUAUAAUGUAUUGUAUGAUAUGAUAUUAAGCUUGGAGGGAUGUUAAGUUAAGGGGGGUGGGGAGCUUAUUACUUUAAACGUUAAGGGAUGCUAAUUCGAGCAUUUCUGUUAUUUUAGUAUCAAGAAUCCUUCUCGUAUUGUCUUGCAGGUAGAGUUAGUGGACGUCAUAAAAUGAUGGCCGAAAUCUAUGCCAGGGGUCCCAUUGCAUGUAGCAUAAUGGCCACUUCGAAACUCGAGGCAUACAAAGGAGGUAUCUACACUGAAUAUCACUCUUACUGUAGAAGCAACCACAUUGUAUCUGUUGUUGGCUGGGGUGUUGAGAAUGGAACAGAGUACUGGAUUGUGCGUAACUCAUGGGGUGUCCCCUGGGGAGAAGAGGGUUGGCUGAGGAUCGUAACCAGUGCAUACAAAUAUGGAAACGGAGACCAAUUCAACCUCGGAAUUGAAGAGGACUGCACAUUUGCUGUGCCUAUAGUAAAAGGGGACUAAAAUAAUGAAUGAUGUUAAGAAAUUGCCGAAGUUUUUUUUUUUUUCUAGCAACGUUCUCCUGGUAGUAAAGUACUCAUUUUUCAAAAAUCUUUAAGGAUUAUGGCUGUAUGCAUUUAAAGAGACAGGUUUUGAAAGAAAUAGUCAAGCAAUAUUUUUUACAGUCGUACUUCUGUUUCCCACUGUUUAAAUUUCAUAAGCACGUAAAUUUCUAGAGUUUGCGUAAUAAAGUAUUAAGCUGAAAGUGUAAAACUGACCUGUUUGUUUAACUACUUGUACUCCCUUUAGCCUGCGUUGCAGCCGCCGCUUAUUAUUUAUCAUUAUUCAUUCAAAAUAUUUCUCCUUUUCUGAUUGGCUUAAAGCAUACGCAUAAUUCACCAUAACCAGCCACUGUUGACAAAAUUUGGAAGAAUUUUACGAUUAAUCAACCGAUGACGUCAAAAGCGCAGCACAGUUGCUGGUUAAUGCACCGUUAACCGCGAAGACCAGGGGACGAAGUUGAGUUGUUUUGGUUGUUGUGAAAAUUAAAAUGUCCGAACAGUCGGCGGAACAUUUUACUCGUUUCGCGACGAACUAUUGUCUAAAAAAAAUAGCAAAAAGACAACUCGACGGAUAACAUCUGCUAUCUGGAGUAUAUUUGCAGACCUGAACAGCCCUUUAUCUUCUAAACAUGUACUAUCGAGGUGAACUCAACAUCGACGAAGGUAAGUAUGUUUUAGCUUGUUUUUAAACUAGGAAUUAUUCUGAGUGAAUAAUAAAGCAAUUAAUGAAUUCGGCUUUUGUAGGAUAUAAAGAAUUAUGCAGAUCUCGGAGGGUGUUAUCGGCCGAGGUGGAUAACACUCCUCUCGAUCUGCAUAAUUCUUCAUAUCCUACUCAGCCUAAUUCAUUAAUUGUUAAUUCAACAGGCCGCGCGAGGGGAACGCGCGUCAUCAGAGAUUUCAUCCUUAGCCCUAAAUCCGGCGCCUGCAACGCAGGACAUACUCCCGUUCAUAUCUCUUCCCCUUCUUGAUUUUGGCUUGCAUUUUAAAGAAGCAGGUAAAUCGGCUCCUUUGGCAACCUGCCAUCUGAAUAUAAAGGGAGGGGACGUGAUUGAUCGCUAUGUUACACCCUGCGAUAAGAGCCUUCUUUUGUCUUUUUCUGGAGUACGCCAAAAUCGAAAGCAAAGAAGGCGAAGGGAGAGAUUUCGACGACACGCGAGCGAAAAAUCUAUCCGGCGGCUGCCACGGGGUGUCAGUAAAACGCGGGGUCGGGGUCGGGGUCGGGGCCCGGGUCGUAGUCUAUCUUUUUUUUCAAGAAUACUGUUUUAGGGUUAGGGUUAGGGUUGACACUAACCUUAACCCUAACCCUAAAUAACCCUGACCUAACCCUAAACCGAACCCUAACCCUAACCCUAACCUAAACCUAAAACAGCAUUCUUUAAAAAAAAGAGACCCCAACCCCGCGUUUUACUGACACCCCCUGCCACGCAGGCUAGGUGGCUAUUUCAGUAUGUAAGAAAGUCGUACAGAUGAAAUUAUAUCAAUGGAGUCCACAACAUCUUAAUUUACCAUCGUAAAAGUUGUGUGGUGACUUAACCAACUCAGUCGCAGCAACCACAUUUUAUGUAAUUUUUGAGUUAGUGCAUGGGCGCUUUUCUGAGAAAAUACGGUGUUCCUAGCUUUGUUAAUGCCUGAUGUGAUUAAAUUUAUAAAAUAUAUAACACACUAAAGCGUGUUGCGUAGUAUUAAAGUAGUAAUGUUUUGUCAUUUUGUCGUCAGCGCGAAAUAUUAGUUAUCAGCAAAUGCAGAGUGGCUUGUCUUCUCAACAACAAGCUUCAACCAUUGAAGAUAGCCUUGUCAGAAAUAUAUAACGGUUCAGAGCAAAGUAAUUUGAAAAAAAAAGUUUAUUUCAACGUUGACCACAACGUCUUUAUCAGUCGAGUGUUCCAAUUAACUACCGGUCAUGUGCUUUUUACCGACAAAACCUUGCUUUUCCCUGAAAUAUGGAGGCUUUACGGAGAGAUCUGACAACUUUACCUGUUUUCACCUCCACGGCUACAAAUGUAACCGAUUUAUUAGCACAGUAUCAAAAUGAUCUUGAUGGUUUGCUUGAAAUCCGUGCGCCCCUAAAAAGAUGUGUGGUCACCUUAAGGCCUUCCACGCCAUGGUAUAAUGAUGAAAUUGCAUCUGCAAAGCGUGAUCGGCGUAAACUGGAGAAGCACUGGCGAAAAACCAAACUAACUGUACACCAACAACUACACAAAGACAAAUGCAAACAAAUCAGGUCUUUAAUUACAUCGGCAAAGAUGGAGUUAUACUCUGAUUUGAUAAAAGAAAACAAAGGCAAUCACAAGGUGUUGCAUGUUUUCCGCCAUUGACCGCAUAUUAAACCUGACACCGGAGAAGUGUUACCCUUCUUGCGAGUAUGCAAAAGAAUUAUGUAACAACUUCGCGGAUUUUUUCUCAAGCAAGAUUGCCACAAUUCGAUCGAAUCUAGACUCUUUGGCACUGCCUGAUAUCCCUUUCCGAUUUUCCCGUUUUAAUAAUCCCUCUAUUCAAUGCGAGUUUAACCAGUUCAAGCCAACUACUGCUGUCGAACUUAGCAAAUUAAUUACUAAAAUGACUAGGAAGUCGUGCCUUCUAGACCCGAUUCCUUCUAACUUACUUAAGUUGUGCUUUUCUGAUUUGGUACCAAUCAUAACAAAGAUUGUUAAUUGCUCUUUAGAAAGUGGUGAAGUUCGUCUGCCUAUGAAAAGGGCUAUUUUAUCUCCUCUUCUUAAAAAACCGUCCCUUGACACCGAGCUCUAUCCGAGCUUCAAACCGGUAUCGAACCUCAUGCUUGUGUCCAAGACGACAGAAAAAGUAGCGGCUACGCAACUCUGGUAAUAUUUAUGUUCAAAUGAAUCAAAUGAGGAACUUCAGUCUGCUUAUAAAGCUAAUCAUAGCUGUAAAACAGCUCUGAUUCGAGUACAGGAUGAUAUCCUCAAAGCCAUCGAUAGUGAUCGCGGUGUUUUGCUUUUGCUAUUGGAUCUUUCUGCAGCCUUUGAUACGGUUGAUCAUGAAAUUCUUCUAGGAAGACUCUCCUCUAGGUUCGGUAUCAAAGGAAAAGCCCUGGAUUGGCUACGAUCUUACCUUACAGACCGUACUCAGCUUGUGAAAGUAGACGACGUUUCAUCCACAGUACUACCCCUUCAUUGGGGUGUGCCUCAAGGUUCGGUCCUAGGCCCCAUGCUUUACUUAUUGUAUACAUCUCCACUGGGUGAUAUUGUUCGUGAGCAUGGCUUGUCGUUUCACUUUUAUGCUGAUGACUCGCAGCUUUAUACAUCUUUUGCUUGUAAUGACACCUCUGAUCUAGUGGCUGCAAAACAACGUGUUGAGAACUGCAUUGCUGACAUCAAUUUGUGGAUGACUGCCAACAAGUUAAAGCUUAACAAUGAUAAAUCAGAAUUUCUCUUUCUGCACUCCCGUUUUCGUCAUUCGUUGCCCCCUCCCACGAUUUCUGUUUGCAUGGAAAGCAUCAGGCCCUCUCAACAGGCUCGCAAUCUUGGCGUGAUUUUUGACGAGGCAAUGUCACUUUCACCUCAUGUUAAUACAAUAGUUAAGGGUGCCUUCUAUCACAUACGAAAUAUUUCUAAAGUAAGAAAAUACGUCAGUAAAAGUACCACAGAAAUUCUAAUUCACAGUUUUGUUAGCUCAAAGUUAGACUUUUGUAAUUCUGUUCUUUUUGGUGCCCAAAAACGGGACAUAGUUAAGUUGCAGUCCGUUCAGAAUGCGGCUGCUCGAAUUAUCGCCGGUCUCAAAAAACGAGAUCACAUCACCGAGACACUAAGAGAUCUUCACUGGCUUCCUGUUGAGGAGAGAAUUGUUUUUAAAAUAGAUUUAAUAACUUUUAAAACAUUGAAUGGCUCCGGUCCCCGUUAUCUUGGAGAUAUUUUAAAAUUUUACCAUCAAACAAGGACAUUACGGUCAUCAAGGGAUCAUUUACGCCUUGAAGAACCAAAUUUUAACAUGAAAACUUAUGGCCAGCGAGCGUUUUCCGUUGCUGCCCCCCGACUAUGGAGCUUGUUCUGAUGUUAAUCUUUUUAAAUCUAAAUUGAAAACGUUCCUUUUUAAAAAGGUAUAUGACAUUUAGUUUCAUCAUAUUUGUUUUUGUUUUCUUGCCUUUUUAAGAUGUGUAUGCUAUAAAUUUCACAAUAUGUACAGUAGGGUUAUAUGUAAUGAUAUUCUUAUGUAAUGAUAUUCUUAUGUCCUUUUUUACAUUGUAAAGCGCUUAGACAUUUUUACAUUGUAUAAGCGCUAUAUAAAUUCCAUUAUUAUUAUUAUUAUUAUAAAAAUAAAGCUUUGAAUGGUUAUUAGUCCCGUUUGCGUAAGCAGCGAGGCUCAUAAUCUGCAACGCGUUUUCUGUCGUAUUUAGGACACCGACAAAAGGGGGCUCAUUGUGCCAGGCGUUCCUUGCAGAGACCGUGGAAACUGGAACUAAGGAUCGUUGCGUGAACGAAGCCAGGCAUGUUUGCGAAGAAAGCAUUUAGAGUUUUUCCGAAAAGUGUCGGUCCACGAAUUCUACCGCUUGAAAGGGAUGAUUACUUUGGAACAAGUGAACACUACUGAGUGGUCGAAAAAAAUAAGAACCUUUAUUGGCAAAACUGCGAUGGUCGGGCGUUGUAAACUUUCAUUGUAUGCAAAUGGCCUUGUGAUGAGCAUGUGGUUUAUUUUCGGUGAUGAUUGAAAUGACGUGCCAUGUAAAUCACUUUUUUGAUCUCUGACAAUGAUGUAAUUUCUCUCGAAUCGUGGCCCUUGAAUUUUCGUGUAUUUAUAUACGCGUAUAGCCUGCGACCGCAGACGUAUUUCCGGUCGUCGCUAACACGUGUACUAAAUCAGUUCGGAAACAAAUAAAAAUACGGCCGCUUUAUAGAGCGUUCUUGUUCAUGUUUCUUGUUCAUGUUUCAGCUCCUUACAUCGAUCAGCCGUUGAACUGCGCCGAGUUUCUCCCAAUACGGACCUCCCAGCCGGUGAACAUAUAUCUAUCCUUGCACACGGUUCAACGGCUGAUCGAUGUAAGGAGCUGAAACAUGAAGAAGAACGCUUUAUACAACAGGGUCAGUCUCGCUUACUUGGAGAUUAGAUCGAGAAAUGAGGAGGCGAUUAAUUCCACACAAAACAGGAUUUACUCGCUAAAGGUUUUUUA